AUGGCGUGGAGCCCUGCUAAGUUCAUCGCCUUGUCGCUGGCACUAAUGUCCCUCGCUCUCGUCUCUGUGGCGUUGAGAUUUUGGGCGCAUACGAAAUCGGGAAACCGGGUCGGAGCCGAUGAUGCGCUUAUAAUUCCCGCUUUGAUCUGCAUUGUAGGAAUGGCGGUGACUGAGGUUAUCGGUUUGUGUGCAUACUAUCAGACGUCUGCCGUAACUGAAAAGCCUGUAGGUACAGAGUUUGGGGAGAUGGCGCAGCAUCAAACCAACAUAAUAGGGCCUGAUGGUCCAGUAUACACCAAGCAACUAGAGGCAAACUAUACCUUGCAACUCCUUGCCUUAGUUUCUCUGGGCUUCAGCAAGACGUCCGUCCUGUGCUUCUACCGUCGAGUCUUUUACGUGUAUCCGCGCUUCUUAUUCGUUAACAACAUCCUCAUCGUCGUCAUUGUGGCCUGGGCGGUGUCGUUGUUCUUUGUGAUUCUUCUCCAGUGCCGAGACCCCAGAACGCUCUGGACAACUUUCGAAUACGCUCGGGUCGAAUGUGUCGAGCCGCUGCCUUUUUACUACGCUGUUUCGAUCAGCGGGUUUAUCACAGAUAUCGCUAUCUUGGUCUCACCAAUCCCAGUCAUCUAUCAACUCCAGAUGCAUUGGAAGACCCGCACCGCGGCAGCACGUAUCCUCUUACUUGGUGCAGUGGUAUGCGGUGCCGGAAUCGCACGUUUCGUCACCUUCAUCGAGGUUGGCCGAAACGUCAUGUACAACUUUGAUGAUAUAACUUACUUUACAACUCCGGUCUUUGCAUGGAGCAUGAUCGAAAGCUCGUUAGCGGUAGUGGGCGCCAAUCUUCCCCUUCUCCGACCAUUGCUACGUCGGAUUGAGCACACCUGCUCUAGAGUUGGUUCAUCCCUUCCCUCGCUCCGGUCCAAAUGUCCUGCAAGUAGCACUGCGACAGACAGUUCCGAUGUAGAGUCGGAGGUGAAGAUUGAAGAGGCCAAAGUGGGUGAUGAGAUUUCCAUCCGAAGUUAUGCUAGCUUCGAGUUACCUCCUCGUCGAGAGGGCGCUUUACGUCCAGAGGAUCUUCUACAGAUCCCACCUCAGGCUUCGAUCAUGAAACAAAUCGCUAGUCCGGCCACUUUAUACUCUUCGUGGACUUCUGAUGAAUGGGAGAAUAUUUAGCCUCACCUUUAGACCCAACUCGCAAAUCAAUCCAGAACUGGAAAGAGAGUAUCCAGGAAGCGAACGUCUUGCAAGUUGAGUGGUUGCGCGUAGAGAAAUGUUCUUCAGUUUAUGAUAGUAAGUUCUCUGACCAAGCGUUACCACCUGGAUGCGGGCCCAUACGUGACAUUGGCGUAGAAGUGAGUCGACAGAAAGACAAUAACAUUAUCGAUGUGCGGUGAUUGUAGAGACUGCUGGUUGGACGCGCAAUGUCGGCGGAAAGUUGGAUGAUCUGCGUGAUGACACCUGCACACGAUCCGAUAAUCGCGAAGCUGGGAAAUUCUGGUCCAAGCGCGUUGUACUAGGUCGCGACUACGCGUCCAGCAAAGGAAACCGGGGCUUCUAUCAUUUGGAAGAUUGACAGUCUAGGCGUCGUCCCCCUAUACCUCUACUGAUGUUCAUUG